AUGCUCACGGAUGAGGAGCGGGCAAUCCUGCUCAAGUACUACUCCACAGUGAAAUUGAAUGAGGUGCAGAAGGAUCAGCUAGCACGGACCUACUGGGCCGCCACAAGGGAGGAACGCGACGAGAUCGCGAAGGUGUAUGUGCACACGUUUGUUGACCCCACCUUCAUUCAACGCCUCAUGUUUUUCCACGACAACCAACACUCUCCGACGACCGGUGAUCCGACUUCUCCGGCGAGCGAGAACGGCGGUGGUGGCAGCCCUGCAGGUUCUGCUGCUGUGGGUCCGCACACGCUAAACGGGAUUGAUGGAAGCUCGCCUUCCAUGGACAGCCCCACGUCGUCUACGGCUGCCAGUCCCACCGGCAGCAGCAACUUCUUUAGCCCUACUUCGUCUUCUCACCACCUGCCACGUCGCACGCACGCCCAGCGGCUGCUUCGCUCGUCCAUUCAAGAUCAUUUUCCCAAACUCACCGGCGAGGGCCCCUACGCGUUACUUUUUGGCUGCGUGCAGUCGGAACAGGAACGCGCGGAGGUGAUUGAGCUCUACGCUUCACAGUUUUUGCAUCCCGACCCACCGGAGUUGCACCGCAUUGUCGCACUGCCCAACUCCUUCUCCACCCGCACACGCAAGCGCAUUAGCGGGUCCUAUUCGUGGUACCUGCGCUGCCUCGCCACGCAGGAGAUUGUGUGUGCGGUGACCGUGACGGUGCAUCAGCAGGAAACGAUCCGCUUUGCGGAGAUGCCGCUCUUUGCCACCGGUGUGGGCUACAAAAAGAACGGGCUUGGUCGGCUGCUGAAUGCCGCACUGAUUGCCUGGUGCAGUAGGGUGGGACUUGAGUUUGUGAUGAUCUCUGCCGAUGUGCAGGCCAUUCCUUUCUGGCGUCACGUCGGCUACCGUCUCAUGCACCGUAGCGAGCGGAAGCGCAUGGACUUUUUCUACCAGCACGACUGCUGCAAGUUUAAAGACGCGGAGACGAUGAUUGGGUACUGCAGUGCAACUGUCGGUGGUGGCGACGGCGGUGGCGCCGGACGACGGCGUGUGGGCAGCGGCGGCAGCGCAGGGGCGGUGGAUGUGUUGCACCUGUCUGUCCCGGAGGUGCUCGCGCAGAUGCCGCGCUUUGUGCUGGAGGGAUCGUCCUAUCUUCCAACGGACUGA